AAGACGCAGACCAUGACAACGUGUGUGUGUGUGUGUGUGUGUGUGUGUGUGUGUGUGUGUGUGUGUGUGUGUGUGUGUGUGUGUGUGUGUGUGUGUGUGUGUGUGUGUGUGUGUGAGUGUGCGGGUGAGUGUACGUUCACCUUGGAAAUUGGUUGCGGGAGGGGAAGUGUAAUUGUCAAUUGUUUUAUACUUGGGGAGGGGGGCUGGGAUGGGAAUAUGGGAUCUAUAGGGCCAUUUUAAUCUGUGAAGCAGUUUGAGUUGCAUUUUUUUCGAAUGAAAAGUGCUAUAUAAAUAAAGUAGAUUUGAUUUGAUCCUCACUUUCAAUUUUACUGAUUUUGUGUCACGUCAUCAGAAAUCUCUGAAAUCUCACAUGAGUGAAUCAAUAUUUUUGUUUUUCAGGCUCGGUUAUGUGAUUGCCGGUGGGUGACUCGGUCCAGACUCGUGACAGAUUUCUCUCUUCAGAACUUCCCGUUGCAGAAAGCUGAAUUUCCAUCGCCUGCGUUCUCAGAAAGAUGUGGAUUGUGAAAGACACAAACAGUCAUCAGGUCUUCAGACAGAUUAUGGUCAGCAUUUAAUCCAAAGGAAAGGUUUCAUAAAUACAUGAGGACUUAAAACUCCAAGAUCAGGUUUUGUAAUUUAGAACUUUUCUUCUGAUCACGUUUGUUUUUUUCUCUCGUAUCUGCUGGAGGUGACACGAUCCAGUCAUUGUGAAACUAUCCACUUCUCAUCGCUGGGUUUUUAGUCACUUUGGAAAUUUGGUGGAGCAGCCCACAGACCAUAGUGAUGGACUAUAAAAGCUACUGAUCUGAGAUGUUUAGUCAGCUGAAGAGGCUGUUGAGGGGACGCGAUGCUGCGCAAGGGUAUUACAGAGAGCUUUGGAGCUGCCAUCCAGGCCCUUAACGCCAUCCAUCUGACAGAUGGUGUGAUUACCAGAAGCAAAAGGAUGAUGCUGGACACUCUGGGUGUUGGACUGUUGGGAAGCAGGACAGCUGUCUUCAGCAAGGCUCUCAAAUACAGCCAGGUGUUCACGUCUGAGCAGAGGAGCAGCGUUUGGGGAAGGUCGGAUGUGAUUCUCCCUCCUCACUAUGCUGCCUUUGUCAACGGCAUCGCUGUUCACUCCAUGGAUUUUGACGACACGUGGCAUCCUGCGACUCAUCCCUCUGGUGCUGUGCUGCCCGCCCUGCUGGCUCUGGCUGAGACCCUGCCCAGCCAGCCCUCUGGCUUGGACCUGCUGCUGGCCUUUAAUGUAGGCAUCGAGGUGCAGGGCAGGCUCAUGAGGUUCUCCAAAGAGGCCUACAACAUCCCUGAGAGGUUCCACCCUCCAAGUGUUGUUGGAGUGAUGGGAAGUGCUGCAGCCUCGGCUAAGCUCCUAGGGCUGUCUCCAGCUCAGUGCAGCCAUGCUCUGGCUAUAGCAGCCUCCUCUGCUGGGGCUCCCCUGGCCAACGCCGCCACGCAAACCAAACCGCUCCACAUUGGGAAUGCGGCCCGAAGGGGCUUAGAGGCAGCUCAGCUGGCUCAGAUCGGAGUGGAGGGGAACCCUGCCAUCCUGGAUAUGGACAGCGGCUUGGGGGUUUACUACAAAGACUACAGCCCCUCGCCUCUGGCUGAUUCAGAUUCUGGAGCCUUUAGGUGGAUUCUUGAUGCUCAGGAUGUGGCGUUCAAGCGCAUACCCGCUCAUCUGGCCAUGCAUUGGGUUGUGGAGGCUGUCCUGGCAGCCCGUGCUAAGUUUCUUGACAGAACGGGGAACUUCGACCUCAGCCAGAUCCAGAACAUCACACUCAGAGUUCCUCGAUCCAAAUACAUUAACUGCCCCCUGCCCACCACAGAGCACCAAGCCAGGCACUCCUUUCAGUUCAACGCCUGCUCAGCCCUGCUGGACAACAAAGUCACCGUCGCGUCUUUCAGCCAGGCUCAAAUCAACCGUCCUGCCCUGAGGGAGCUCCUGUCCAAAGUCCAGCUGGAGACACCGGAGGACAACCUGCCCAGCUUCGACAGAAUGUACUGUGAGGUGGAGAUUAAGUCAGCUGAGGGGCUGAGCUCCUUGGCAAGGUGCAACACCUUUUACGGCCACUGGAGGAAGCCGCUCAGUCAGAAGGACCUGGAGGAGAAGUUCAGCCUGAAUGCCUCCACAGUGCUGUGCACAGAGGGGGUGGAGGGUGUGAUCGAUGUAGUCGGGAACAUGGAAAAGGUGACGGAGUGCUCAGUUUUAGGCUCGUACCUGAGAAUGACGAGUACUUCUGAGCAGCUCUACAGCAUGAGGAUUAUGUGA